GUGACAGCAGCCAGGCACCCAUGGCCUGGCACUGAGCCCCCUGCCUGCUCCCUGCCCCAGGGCUGGCCUCGCUGCUGCUCGACCAGGACACAACAGCCCAGGAGCUACAGGAAGAUGAUGUGCCUGCCUGCCUCCCCACCAGCGCUGGCGUUGAGGCUGGGGCUCGGGCUCUUGGUGCUGCUCUGCCUUGGGAUAGGCCAAGCACUGGAGAAGAAAGUGGUCAGAGGCAGAGUAGGGGAGAAGGUCAGCCUGCCUUGUUGCCAUGAGAUCCCCAGCUCAGAAAGCCUGCAGAACUACCGGGUGUACUGGCAGAAGAACAUUACAGACGUGGUGCUGGCCUACUCAAAGGGGAGCAUGAUGUCCCAGCCCGAGCGGUACCAGAACCGGACAGAGAUGGACCUCUGGAACCUCACCCUGUGGAUCUCCCCCGUGGAAAUCCUGGACAAUGGCUCCUACCAGUGCGUAGUUCAGCGCAACUCCAUCGUGGUGUGCGACGAGCCUGUCAUCCUCUUUGUCACAGCUGACUUCAGCAAGCCCAACAUAACAGCAGAAGUGUCCGCCGAGUCCUGCGAGUCGACUGAGACGGUGGUAACAUGCUCUUCCCACGGAGGGUUCCCCAAGCCCAGAAUCUCUGGAACCCUCAACAACAUGUCUGUGGAGUGGAAUGCCAGAUGGGUGUCUGAGUCCAGCCUCAGCCCAUACAAUGUCACUGGAAAGCUGGUGCUCAAUGUCACCAAAGACGUCAACAUCACUUGCUCCGUUGAAUACAAUGGCAUUUCCAAGUCCGCCAGUUUGCUUCUUGAAAAAACAAACAACUGCAUUGUUCCUCCUGUGACUCCACCUUAUAAUGUCAUUAUUGCUUCAAUUAUCAUCGUUACCACCUUCAUUUUGGCUACCAUCCUGGCAGCAAGAUACCUCCCGAGGCGUGUUUGUUCUCACUGUUGUAAGCGCCAGGAUUCAGUGGAAGAGUGUAUGAAAGAAUAUACAAAGGCAUCCAUGAGCCCUAAAGUGACAUCUGAAACAUCAUCUGUAUGACCAGAUCGCACUUGCAGGUUCUCCACGCUGUGCAUCCCGCACUGCCGACUCCGCUGUCGGGUGUACAGCGAUGCUUGCUGCACGGAUACUUGGGCUCUCUGCAAGGGGGGCCAGCAGGAGAAAAAAAAACCUCUGCUCACCACCACGGGCUGCCAACACAACCUGCUGUGAAGGAAUGCACACCCCCACCACGCCACAGAGGCUGUGUGAUGGCCUCUUACAAAUGGUCGCCGGGAUUCCAACCGAGAGGACCCUCUGGCAGAAGGAUGUCACCAGCAGCACACCAGGACAAGGCUUCAGGAACCUCUGGCUUGAUGCUGCCUCUGUGGGAAUCAGGGGUGCAGAGCCCUAGCAGGGAGCCCAUGCCCACCUACCCCUUCAGUGACAGAGAGCUGCCCUUUGGGAGACCCCAAAUCCUGACUGCAGUCCCGUCAGAUUGUGCCUCCACGUCGGUAGUGUGUGCAGCUAAAACUUCUUUUCUAUUCUGCCUCACACAAGUAUCUGUUCUUCCCCCUGGAGGACUUUGAAUUUGGAUUCAACCAUUACAGAUACACGUCCCUUCUCCCCUAAAGAUCAACAGUGGACACGUUUUUCAUGUAAAAAAGACACCUUGGAAGUGAGUCCAUGCUUAUUUGCAGCGCUACAAGACUUUUUAAGGAAUGACACAGGCUGGCAGCAUUCCUAAGAGCUAAUUAAUAUAGCUUAUCUUCUGCAGUGGCACAAGUUCUCAUAACCUUUCUCUCCUGAAAGGACAGCCUUGCCAAGCCAAGCACUGAGGCACAGCUCCACUGAAUUGCUGUGUGAGGGCACUCAAGCCAAGCUUUCAUGGGCAUUCCUUCCCACCCACACCCAUUGGAAUGUGUGUGACAGCCAGUGUGUAACUCAGGGCCCUCCUUCAUAAACGUGGGUCUGCUGCCCUGUGUACGUCUGUCGUGGGAUACUCGUUAGGGAAAGCUCUGCAGAUUUUUGGGAGUUUCUCACAGCAACAUGAGGAUAUUUACUUCACACUGAACCUUGCUGCUUUCUGCCAGUGUUCUCUCUACCCAGCCAUGACUAGAAGGAAUUUCCCUACAGGAUGCUAACAUUGGACAGGACUCAUCUGAUCCAGGUGACAUUCUUGCCUACUGUGUAGGAUAAAAUGGUUUCUCAUUUUCAGGGGAAAGGAGGAAAAUGCCCCAACCCCCAAUAAGCCUCCUAAGUAACUCUGCCUACUAACCUAAAUCAACCCUGCCUUGAGUUUGACUGGAAUGUUUUUCCCUUCUGCUCUGCAAGCUGCACCAAUUCCUGCACUGCUCUAUCCAUGAUAUCAGGGCAAAUCAAAGUCUGAAAGCACAAUGCCAUCCUCUUUGUGGGAUGUGUUGUCACUUGAGCUGCUUAUCUUCCUAGGACACAGCAGAGAUACAGUCCAUCCAUUUCAUUUUUCCUAGUUGGUACAUAUUCAUAAACUGCUGGAGAAAAUAGCAGGAUUAAAAGUGGUUUAUAGGAUACUGGACUCUGAGAUAAAGUAAAAAAUAAGACAAUGCUCCUUUUCUACUCCUGCAGAGUCAGGCUAUGCCAUCACCUUUUUACUGCUUUCCCAUUGUACCAAGUGUAAUGGGAACUUCAGAACAUUCUUACAGAGGAGUUUUUGACAGAGAAAAGGAGGUAAG